AUUGAUCAUUUAUUCAUUAGUAAUUUACCAGAGAUUGUAGUGGAGUUAUUGAUGACGUUACAUGAACCAGCAACUUCUGGUGCCAGCCAAACCACUGACCCCUGUGACUUCUCAGGGGAUUUGGAUCCUGCUCCUAAUCCACCUCAUUUUCCAUCACAUGUGAUUAAAGCGACAUUUGCCUAUAUCAGCAAUUGCCAUAAAACCAAGCUUAAAAGCAUUUUAGAAAUUCUUUCCAAAAGCCCUGAUUCCUAUCAGAAAAUUCUUCUAGCCAUAUGUGAGCAAGCAGCUGAGACAAAUAAUGUUUACAAAAGGCACAGAAUUAUUAAAAUAUAUUACCUGUUUGUUAGUUUAUUAAUGAAUGAUAUAAAGAGUGGCUUAGGAGGAGCUUGGGCCUUUGUUCUUCGAGACGUUAUUUAUACUUUGAUUCACUAUAUCAACCAAAGGCCUUCUCAUUUCAUGGAUGUGUCAUUACGUAGCUUCUCCCUUUGUUGUGACCUAUUAAGCCGGGUUUGCCACACAGCAGUAACUUACUGUAAGGAUGCUUUAGAAAGUCAUCUUCAUGUUAUUGUUGGUACACUUAUACCCCUUGUGGAUGAUCAGAUGGAAGUUCAGGAGCAGGUAUUGGACUUGUUGAAAUUCUUAGUUAUUGAUAACAAGGAUAAUGAAAAUCUGUAUAUCACAAUUAAACUUUUAGAUCCUUUUCCUGACCACGUUGUCUUUAAGGAUUUGCGUAUUACUCAGCAGAAAAUCAAAUACAGUAAAGGACCCUUUUCACUUUUGGAGGAAAUUAACCAUUUUCUCUCAGUAAGUGCUUAUGAUGCACUUCCAUUGACAAGGCUUGAAGGAUUGAAGGAUCUUCGAAGACAACUAGAGCAACAUAAAGAUCAGAUGAUGGAUCUUAUGAGAGCAUCUCAGGAUAACCCUCAGGAUGGCAUAAUGGUGAAGCUAGUUGUCAGCUUGUUGCAGUUAUCCAAGAUGGCAGUAAACCACACUGGUGAAAGAGAAGUUUUAGAGGCUGUUGGAAGCUGCUUGGGAGAAGUGGGUCCUAUAGAUUUCUCUACAAUAGCUAUACAACAUAGUAAAGAUACAUCUUAUACCAAGGCUCUUGAAUUAUUUGAAGAUAAAGAACUUCAGUGGACCUUCAUAGUGCUGACUUACCUGAAUAAUACUCUGGUAGAAGAUUGUGUCAAAGUGCGAGCGGCAGCUGUUACCUGUUUGAAAAGCAUUUUAACCACAAAAACUGGACAUAGUUUCUGGGAGAUUUACAAGGCAACAGCUGAUCCCAUGCUGAUCUAUCUACAGCCUUUUAGAACAUCAAGAAAAAAGGUCUCUCAAUUUUUAGAAGUACCAAGACUUGACAAAGAAAGUCCUUUAGAAGGCUUGGAUGAUACAAGCCUGUGGAUUCCUCAAAGUGAAAAUCAUGACGUUUGGUUAAAGACACUGACUUGUGCUUUUUUGAAUAGUGGUGGCACACAAAGUGAAGUUCUUCAGUUAUUAAAGCCAAUGUGUGAGGUGAAAACUGACUUUUGUCAGACUGUGCUUCCAUACUUGAUUCAUGAUGUUUUACUACAAGAUACAGAUGAAUCAUGGAGAAAUCUCCUUUCUACACACAUUCAGGGAUUUUUCACUAGCUGUUUCAAAUACUCUUCACAAACAAGCCGAUCCACAACCCCUGCAAAUUUGGAUUCAGAGUCAGAAAACUUAUUCCGAUGCCAUGUGGAUAAAAAAUCACAGAGAACAAUGCUUGCUGUUGUGGACUACUUGAGGAGACAAAAGAGACCCUCUUCAGGAACAGUUUUUGAUGAUGCUUUCUGGCUGGAGUUGAAUUACCUAGAGGUUGCCAAAGUAGCUCAGUCUUGUGCCGCUCAUUUUACAGCAUUGCUCUAUGCAGAAAUCUAUGCAGAUAAGAAGAACUUGGAUGAUCAAGAGAAAAGAAGUCUUACAUUUGAAGAAGAAAGCCAAAGUACAACUAUUUCCAGUUUGAGUGAAAAAAGUAAGGAAGAAACUGGGAUAAGUUUACAGGAUCUGCUUUUAGAAAUCUACAGAAGCAUAGGAGAGCCAGAUAGUCUUUAUGGCUGUGGUGGAGGGAAAAUGUUACAACCCCUUACUAGACUACGAACAUAUGAACAUGAAGCAAUGUGGGGGAAAGCCCUAGCAACAUAUGACCUCGAGACAGCAAUCUCCUCAUCAACUCGUCAGGCAGGAAUAAUUCAGGCCUUGCAGAAUUUGGGACUCUGCCAUAUUCUUUCCAUCUAUUUAAGAGGAUUAGAUCAUGAAAAUAAAGAGUGGUGUGCUGAACUACAGGAACUUCAUUACCAAGUAGCAUGGAGAAAUAUGCAGUGGGACCACUGCAUUUCUGUCAACAAAGGAGUGGAAAGAACCAGUUACCAUGAGUUGUUGUAUAAUGCUCUGCAGUCUCUAAGAGACAGAGAAUUCUCCACUUUUUAUGAAAGUCUCAAACAUGCCAGAGUGAAAGAAGUGGAAGAGCUGUGUAAGGGCAGUCUUGAGUCCGUGUAUUCCCUCUACCCUACACUUAGCAGAUUGCAGGCCAUUGGAGAGCUUGAAGACAUUGGAGAACUUUUCUCAAGAUCAGUAACAGAUAGGCAGCCCUCUGAAGUGUACAUGAAGUGGUGGAAACAUUCCCAGCUUCUCAAAGACAGUGAUUUUAGUUUUCAGGAGCCUAUAAUGGCUCUACGCACAGUCAUUUUGGAGAUCUUGAUGGAAAAAGAAAUGGAAAACUCCCAAAGAGAGUGUUUUAAGGACAUUCUCACCAAGCAUCUUGUAGAACUCUCUGUAUUAGCCCGAACUUUCAAGAACACUCAGCUCCCUGAAAGGGCAAUAUUUCAAAUUAAACAGUAUAAUUCAGCUAGUAGUGGAGUCUCUGAGUGGCAACUGGAGGAAGCACAAGUAUUCUGGGCAAAAAAGGAACAGAGUCUUGCCCUGAGUAUUCUCAAGCAAAUGAUUAAGAAGCUGGAUGCCAGUUGUACAGAGAAUGAUCCCAACUUAAAACUUAUAUACACAGAAUGUCUAAGGGUUUGUGGCACCUGGUUAGCAGAAACUUGCUUAGAAAAUCCUGCAGUCAUCAUGCAGACCUAUCUAGAAAAGGCUGUGGAAGUUGCUGGAAAUUAUGAUGGAGAAAGCAAUGAUGGGCUCAGAAAUGGAAAAAUGAAGGCAUUUCUCUCAUUAGCACGGUUCUCAGAUACUCAGUACCAAAGAAUUGAAAACUACAUGAAAUCAUCAGAAUUUGAAAACAAGCAAGCUCUCCUGAAAAGAGCCAAAGAGGAAGUUGGCCUACUUAGGGAACAUAAAAUCCAGACCAACAGGUACACAGUAAAGGUUCAGCGAGAGCUGGAGUUGGAUGAAUGUGCACUCCGUGCAUUGAAAGAGGAUCGUAAACGUUUCUUAUGUAAAGCAGUUGAAAAUUACAUCAAUUGCUUAUUAAGUGGUGAAGGGCAUGAUAUGUGGAUAUUUCGUCUUUGUUCUCUCUGGCUUGAAAAUUCUGGAGUUUCUGAAGUCAAUGGCAUGAUGAAGAGAGAUGGAAUGAAGAUUCCAUCAUACAAAUUUUUGCCUCUUAUGUACCAAUUGGCUGCUAGAAUGGGGACCAAGAUGAUGGGAGGCCUAGGAUUUCAUGAAGUCCUCAAUAAUCUCAUCUCUAGAAUUUCAAUGGAUCAUCCUCAUCACACUUUGUUUAUUAUAUUGGCCUUAGCAAAUGCAAACAAAGAUGAAUUUUUGACCAAACCAGAGGCAGCCAGAAGGAGUAGAAUAACUAAAAAUGCACCUAAGCAAAGCUCUCAGCUUGAUGAGGAUCGAACCGAGGCUGCUAACAAAAUAAUACGUACUAUCCGAAGUAGGAGACCUCAGAUGGUCAGAAGUGUUGAGGCACUUUGUGAUGCUUAUAUUAUACUAGCAAAUUUAGAUGUCACUCAGUGGAGGACUCAGAGAAAAGGCAUAAAUAUUCCGGCAGACCAACCUAUUAUUAAACUUAAAAAUUUAGAAGAUGUUGUUGUCCCUACUAUGGAAAUUAAGGUGGACCCCACAGGAGAAUAUGGGAAUCUGGUGACUAUAAAGUCAUUUAAAGCAGAAUUUCGUUUAGCAGGAGGUUUAAAUUUACCAAAAAUAAUAGAUUGUUUGGGCUCUGAUGGAAAGGAAAGGAGACAGCUUGUCAAGGGCCGCGAUGACCUGAGACAGGAUGCCGUCAUGCAGCAGGUUUUCCAGAUGUGUAAUACAUUACUGCAGAGAAAUACUGAAACCAGGAAGAGGAAAUUGACUAUUUGCACUUAUAAGGUAGUUCCCCUUUCUCAGCGAAGUGGUGUUCUGGAAUGGUGCACAGGAACUGUCCCUAUUGGUGAAUUUCUUGUUAACAAUGAGAAUGGUGCUCAUAAAAGAUACAGGCCGAAGGAUUUCAGUGCCAAUCACUGCCAAAAGAAAAUGAUGGAUGUGCAGAAAAAGUCUUUUGAAGAGAAAUAUGAAGCUUUUGUGGAGAUUUGCCAAAAUUUUCAACCAGUUUUCCGUUACUUCUGCAUGGAAAAAUUCUUGGAUCCUGCAGUGUGGUUUGAGAAACGAUUGGCUUAUACUCGGAGUGUGGCUACUUCUUCUAUUGUUGGUUACAUACUUGGACUUGGUGAUAGACAUGUACAGAAUAUCUUGAUAAAUGAGCAGUCAGCAGAACUUGUACAUAUAGAUUUAGGAGUUGCUUUUGAACAGGGCAAAAUCCUUCCUACUCCUGAAACAGUUCCUUUUAGACUUACCAGAGAUAUUGUGGAUGGGAUGGGCAUUACUGGUGUUGAAGGUGUUUUCAGAAGAUGCUGUGAGAAAACCAUGGAGGUAAUGAGAAAUUCUAAGGAAACGCUGUUAACCAUUGUAGAGGUCCUCCUAUAUGAUCCUCUCUUUGACUGGACCAUGAAUCCUUUAAAAGCUUUAUAUUUACAACAGAGGCCAGAUGAUGAAAGUGAGCUCCACUCCACUCCAAAUGCAGAUGACCAGGAAUGCAAACGAAAUCUCAGUGGUAUUGACCAGAGUUUCAAUAAAGUAGCUGAACGUGUCUUGAUGAGACUGCAAGAGAAACUGAAAGGAGUAGAGGAGGGAACCGUGCUCAGCAUUGGUGGACAGGUGAAUUUGCUCAUACAGCAGGCCAUGGACCCGAAAAAUCUCAGCCGACUUUUCCCAGGAUGGAAAGCUUGGGUGUGAUAUUAAGCAUGUGAUUGCCUUGGAGUCAGCCUUUAUAAAUUGUAUUUUGGCCUUCAUUGUUAACCCACCCACAUACUUUGAAUAAGUAUUAAUAUUGAACUAAGUGAAUUACUGUUGUUUUUUAAAAAAUGUUUAACACUUGCUUCAAUUCCCUAAAGUUGUACUAGUCUCAAGCAACAGUUUUCUCACACUUUAGACAUAACUGUCAAUCAUGCUGUAAUUCUAGGCUAAAUAUUUGUUUUUUCUUCUCAAGUACAUACUUGUAUCACUUUCAGUAGAAUCACUGAAUCAGUAAAAUUACUCUUAUCAUCAGAAGAAAUAAAUACACUGCUAACUUUGAUGUAGCUUUUAAUUAAAACUUGUUUCUCAGAUAUUAUAUAUGAAUGAUAAAGUAAUUAAUAUUAGUCUAUAAAAGGAGGGAAAAACUUUAAAAUUGUAACCAUCUAUAUACUAUGGUAAGUAAAUAUGUUGGAUUUUCAAUAGUAAGGUCACUCAGUGCUGCUCAAUAAUGAAGGUGUUAUGAUAUGAUAUGGAGAACAAAUUUCACAGAUACAAUAUGGUUACUUUUUUUUUUAGAAAUGUUUAUUAGACUUUCUCAUUCUAUUCUCUUUAUCUUUUAAGCCCUCUGUGUUUCCAGUACUUUAUCUUUCUAUAAUGCCUUCAUAUCUGUCUUCUAGUUCAUGAAUUCUCUUGUCACUAUAUAAUCUCCUUUUUAAAUUAUUCAUUGGAUUUCUCCUUUUAAAAUUUGUUAUUCAUUUCUAGGUAUGUUUCAGAUUUGCCUAUUAUUUGUUUCAUGAUGUCCAGUUUUUUGGUUUUGUUUUUUUAACUUUAGGUUCUGUUUGUAUUUAUUGGGUCUUUGGUGGACUGUUUAUCCAUGUAUUCUGUGAUUUUAUAAGGUGAGCUUAUUUUCAGUAGGACCUCGUGGGAAUCUUGAGUGACCUGGGUUAAGAAUAAUUCCUUCCAGAAAAUUUUCAUGUCUGGUUAUGUCAUAGUUCCAGGGCUGUCCCUGACAGAGGACUACUCUUUAAUUUCUUGGCUUCAGGGUUUCCUGACCUGAUGGGAACCAUGCAGUUACUGAGAGAAGACUAGCAGGCCAAAACAGACAUUUUUCCUCAUUGCCUCCCUGUGCUAGGGGGCUGGUGUGAACCUGCGUGUCUCCCAGCUGUACUGUGGACACAAGGGGAGGUGCAUCUGCUAUUGCCCACUGUCCUUUCAAAGUCCUCUCACAGAUGUCAUAGCUGAAAUUCAUAGAUGAGUGUAAUUGGCAAGUUUGCUCUGGUUUUUAGUUUCCUUCUGAAACUGAAAAUUUUUGACCAUAAGAAUUUCCUUUCUUAUAACUUCUGCUAUGCAUUUAAAAAGCACUUAUUGUAUCUCAGCUAGCAUUUCUGUGUGUUUUGUUGGAGGGGAGGGGUUUAGGUAUCAAGUUUGAUAUAUGGUUAGAAACGGAACCUUUCUGUCCUCAUACUGUCAUUAGACAAACAGGUAAAACUAGUGACUUGUCUGUUGGUGAAUAUAGUCCUUCAUCCUUAGGAAACUGUUCGUGUCUGCAGAGAUUAAGAAAUGGGUGGUUGAACUUUCUUUUUAUUUGUAGCUUAGGUGGUUAUGUAAGCAGUUUUUUCUAAUGACAGGUUGGUAUUUGUUUCUGUUGCCAGUGUCAGGUUCUCACUCAUCUGAUCUCUCCACCUUCUCUUCUCUCCAAAAACAAUCUCCAGAACUUUAUGUACUAUAAAUUUCUUAGUUUAGUUUCUAGAAAACUGUUUUUAAAUUUUCUAUUUUACAUUUCAAAUUAUAAGCUUAUUGUGAUAUAUAUUUUUUCUUAUAAAUCUCCUAAAUGAAUAUUUAAUACAUAUUGGUAGUUUUAUUACCAUAGUGAAUCAAGGGAAUACAGUAAACUUAGAAUGUCUUUAAGAAAGCCUUGAAAAGUAAAAAUAUUUUUAAAAA